AUUGCUUUAAAGAGUUGGUUUACCGAAUGAAUGUGCUGGAUCCUCGACAGGGUUCCUCUAUUCCUAAAUCAAAUGGAGCCCCAUGGUAUUGUGAAAGCUUUUCCGAAAGUAAAGAGGAAAGGUGCCUUGGGAGGGAAAGAAGUUCCUCCAAAGAAACCGAGUGUGGAUGAAUCUGUAGCAGGACAUUUGUUUAGUGGUGUGUCGGUGCACAUCCUCCCAGCGGGCAUUGGGAAUGCCAGGUGUAAUAUUUUCCAAAGACAGAUCACACAAAAUGGCGGACAGGUUCAGUGCACACUCCAUCCCAGUGUUACCCACAUCAUUGUGGAUGACUCCAUGGAUUCUGAGCGUGCUCUGCGGUUACUAAAGCUUGACCGACUUCCUCCAUCAGUGCAGCUGGUGAGGUGUUCCUGGCUUAGUCGUUGCAUCACUGAGAAGACAUUACUUACCACUGCUGACCACUGCCUUCCUGUUCCUGACAGACAUCUGGAUGCCCCUAAUGAGGAAGCACAAGAAGAUAAAAGCAGUGGUAAUGGAUUCCCAGAUGUUGCAAGUACAGUUCAACCAGAACUUGAAACAAAGCAGGAUGACACAUCGGAAGGGUGUUCAGACAAUAAAGAUGAUCUCACUGAGGAGGACGGCGUCUCGCAGAAUGAUCUGGAUGCGCUCAUCAACGGACUCCACCCCAGUGCUCAGACUUCCACUGUGGCAGAGCAAAGCCUCCCUGGCAAGUGGGUCUGUGCUCAGUCCUCUCAAACCAAGAACAGUAAUUACAACAAGCACAUCACAGACAAGCUGGAAGUCCUAGCGAAGGCAUAUACUCACCAGGGGGAUAAGUGGAGGGCACUUAGUUAUUCAAAAGCCAUCAAUGCCCUCAAAAGCUACCAUAAGCCCAUCACUUCAUAUGAGGAGGCAUGUAAGAUCCAAGGUAUUGGAAAACGCAUGGCAGAGAAAAUAAUUGAGAUCGCGGAGAGCGGGCACCUACGCAAACUGGACCACAUUGGAGAGGCAGUACCUGUGCUGGAGCUCUUCACCAAUAUCUGGGGUGCUGGGGCUAAGACAGCACAGUUAUGGUACCAACAGGGGUUUCGUACCUUGGAGGACGUCCGGUCCAAAGCAAAUCUGAAUCACCAACAGAAAAUUGGGCUCAAACACUAUGAUGACUUCCUCGAUCGGAUGUCCAGAGAUGAGGCAGCUGCUAUUGAGAAGACGGUGAGGGAAGCAGCACAUUCCGUGAACCCAGGUCUGCUAGCAAUCGCCUGUGGCUCCUACCGAAGAGGGAAAGCCACCUGUGGAGACGUUGAUGUCCUGAUCACCCACCCUGACGGAAAAUCCCACAAGGGUGUUUUCAGCAGAAUUCUACUAAUUCUCCACCAGAGUGGUUUUCUAACUGAUGACCUGGUAAGCCACGAAGAGAAUGGAGAGCAGAAGAAAUAUUUGGGGGUAUGCCGUCUGCCUGGCCCCGGGCAGCGGCACCGAAGGCUGGAUAUUAUCGUCGUGCCCUACAACGAGUUUGCCUGCGCUCUGACGUACUUCACUGGGUCAGCUCACUUUAACCGAUCCAUGAGGGCGCUGGCCAAAACCAAGAGAAUGAGCCUCUCUGAACAUUCUCUGAAUAGAGAUGUACAGCGCCAAGGCAGCAUGAAAAUCUGCACAGGUGUCCCUCUGCCCACACCCACCGAGAGAGACAUCUUUGCACACCUAGGUGUGCCUUACAGGGAACCUCAGGAAAGGGACUGGUGACUGGCAGCUACGCUAAGACUGUAUCAUAGCAGAGCUGCUGUUAUGCACUAAUCUUGACUUGCAUCUCUCAAAAGAAUUGCCAGAGGCUACUUUUUACCACAAGAUGAUCACAUCUAGGGAGGAGAAGGGUUGCACGAACACACGUUCUAAAUAGGUCUUGUAAAAAUCUUUCAGCUGUGUUUUUUAGCUUUUAUUUUGCAUGAGGACAAUGUCAAACCAUAGUUAGGAUAGUUGAUUUUAUUUUUAAGUGUACAAAACCCUUGGAGUAUUGGUUUUACAGUGCUUGGACUGGGAAAUAAUGUUUUGGGAAGUAUUGAUGGGAAGGAAGUUGUUAGUCUACAUAAAACUGAAGGGAUGAGAAUCAUGAAUGUCUGCCACUGUAUUAGUGCUUUGUAUGAAAAACACACUACCUGAUACUACUUUGAUAAUUGCAACCUAACUCAAUUCAUCCAUAAGAGUUUUUGAUAGAUAUGUCUUGGACUCUCACAUUUCAGGAAAUAUUUUACUUUUCGAAUGACUGUUAUAAUUGAUAAGAUCAUCACGCCUUUCUUCUUUUAGAUGGCAGACCUUGAAGCCUAUGGAUUGUAUUAGUUCCCAACAGAUAACAUUCAAGUCGAACCCUGCUCUACACCUUCUAGAUGUAGACUUCAUUGUGUAUAUUUGUUGUAUGUUUACAGUAUUUACGUUUAAUACAUAAACACUGCAAAUGCU